AGGCUGUCAUGUAAACCUCUCCUCUGGGGCCACCUUUCGGUGCACGUUGCUUCCUGCCUCAGGUAGAAACCUCAGUGUUUGUGCUGCUGCUGCUGCUGCAUGCUGUCCUCCUGCUGUGAAGGCGGCACCACUCUCAAAGGCAUUGAAAUGGAGAAGAGCUGCUCAGAGUGCUCAGAGCUCGCACAGAGCCUGUGCACACUCUGCAACAAGUGGUUGUGCUACCAGUGUACUGAUGUGCAUCAGCAUCAAAAGGCCCCUACCACCUCCCAGUAUAACAACGUGCACCAACAGCCAAGGCCCAGUGCUUCCCAGUGUCCUGACGUGCACCAGAAAGGAUCCUCCUCACUGCCUCCCACUGAAGAAGGUCCAGGUCCGUAUCCUUGUUCUCACCUCAUGUGCCACUCUCACAGACAGGAACCCUUGGAGCUGUUUUGUGAGUCAUGUGACCUUCUGUGCUGUAGCAGCUGUCACCUGUCUUCCCACAAAAACCACAGGGUGGUGCAGAUCGGGAAGGCCCUGCAGGACCAGCAGUGGCUGUUAGAGAACCUGAUGGUGCAGGUGGAAGACAGAAGGUCUGCAGUGGAAAAUAAUGCCAAACAGACAGAGGACCGGCUUCAUGGGGUCAAGAUUGCUCAGCGGAAGGCUGAGAACCAGAUUAAAAUGGCAAAGAUGAUUAUGAUGAAUGAGCUUAACAAACGAGCCAACCUAUUAAUAGAGCAACUGGAGAAAAUCUCAGAGGACUUCGAGCAGCGUCUGGAGGACCAGCUGCAGGGAGCCAUAGAAAUAUGCAGACAGCUCGACCACGUGCAGAAGUUCAUCACCUGGGCGAUGAGCCACCACUGUAGAAACCCAGUGCUCUUCAGCAAGGCAAUGAUUUCGCAUCAGAUGCAGCAACUGUUUGAGCCGUCACCACACUUGGGCUCUUGGAGUCCUGUCAAAAUCAAAUUUAACUGGGACGCCAGUUACUGGACAAAGCAGAUAUCCUCUUUCGGCCAACUGACUGUUGAGGGAGGAAACCGUACCUAUCCUCAGGGUUUGUCCUUCCCUAGUAUACUAAGGCCGCAGCCCAUCAGCUGCUUGGCCCUGCCGUCUGUAUGUUACAGAGGACGUGACCCAAGUUGUGGUUACCAGGCAUGCUGUGAGCCCCAGAUGUGUUGCCUACAUGGCAUCCCUAAUCAGCCUGAUCUGCCUGUUCUAGACAAACAACAUGUAGAACCCAACUUUUAUAACUCCAGCUGUGUUCAGCCUACACUUAUCUCUGCUUCCCUUCCUGAGAACCAGCACCUCCAGAGGUGCUGUGGCCCAGAGAGCUCUUCAUCCUUCCAAUCAUCCUCACAGUGUCCUUCAGUUUCUUCCUCACAAACCAUGGGAUCUCUCCAGCUCAACUGCAGUCGAGCACCCUCAUCCCCGUUACAAGCAGCUGCAUCACAGCCUCAGCCCAAAUCUUAUUUCUACCAUCAACACCAGAGAGAAUUCCUUCUUGGCAGUCAAGCUCAGCCAAGUGCAGAACACGGCAUACUGGGCCAAGGCCAAGUGCAUGUUCAGUGUCAGGAGAAAAUACUGACCAGCCCACCUGUGGACAGAAAUGGGAUGCUUGAGGAGGAAUGGGAAGAAAGACGGAGAGGAGGGGAAACUAACAGUCAGACAGCAGUGGUUGAAAGCAGAAAGAUAGUGGAUGGAGAGCUGCAGCAGGACAGGAGAGAGCAGCCUGCCGUGCAACAACUGCAGGACCAGUCCCAGGUUUCUACAGAAGCAGAGCAGCAGAGGACCGGAGAGACACUGAUGCUCAAAGACCACAGAGAUGGAAGGUCACAAUCUCCUCUCCCAGGGGUCAUGGAUCAGAGAUCCUCCUCCCUGGAGUUGUCUGUGACAGUCAGCCAGUGUGGCUCUGAUGUACAGAGCAGCAGGCUUAGCCCCAAAUCAGCCUGUGCAAGGAGGAAGAAACGCUCUCAGAGCAUCCCACCAGAACUGGCAGACCCGUCCACCAGCCGUUGUACUGAAAGGCCCACAGAAUGCACUCACAGCCUGGAGGCAGGACCUGCAGAUAAGUGUGACGUCGCUGUGGGUCCUCGGUGGAGGGGGUCUUCAGAUGGUGUCCUUUGUAUUACCAAGAAACCUUUGUCUGACACUGACCCUAUUACAGCUCACAAAAUCAAACAGUCUUCUGCUUUGUCAUAUAAGAUGGAGCCAGAUCAUUGUCCUACUUAUGCAAAUGAGGACACUGAGUGUGAAGCCAAGGAAAAAUGCAAGAUGUCAGAAAACACCCACAACAGUCAAGAGGCUCAGAUGAGUUUAGCAAAAUCCAGGGUUCCUGUGGUGUGUUUAGAGCGCCUCAAGAUCCUUGUGUCUCAGCUCCCCCCGCAUGGACAACGACAGAGCGACCCUUUACCUACCAGUGGGACUGAGAACAGUGAAACGGCCACACAGCAGAAAAUGUGGCAUGAUACGACAAAUCAAGAUACAGCUGGAUCCUCUGAGACUAUAAGGAUCGCCCACUCCCUCACGGCACCUCAGUAUGUGGAACGACAAAGCUGCGAUCCGUCUUUCACUGCACACUCAGCCAAUACUGACUUUGACUGCAGAAGACUCUGUUCUGCUGCAGAGGUCACAGUGCCAUCCACCAACUCUACAUAUGUGCCACCAAGUACCUCUCCACUUGAUCUGGACUCGGACUCAGAUCACAGGACGAUCUCAAACGUAGCAGCUAUUUCUCAGGGUGAUCCAGAUUUUGGACAGCGUCUAGACUCAUAUCCUUCAAUAGAAUCUGAUCCACAUGCAGACUCUUCAUCUGAGGCAGAACCUGAGUGUCUGACACAGGAUAAAUCAGCAGAUAUUACAAAGACGGGCCUGUGUGGCGAACCCGCUGUUGUGGAUUCAGAGUCUAGUUGUGAUUAUGAAGCAGACUCAAAAUUAGAUGCAGGAGCAGACCUGCUGUUCACCCAGCAGCUGGGUGGAGAAGCAGAAUCGGCAGAUGUUGAGACGGAGUCUGACCUCCAGCCUGAGUACGAUGAAAUUUUUCAAACAGAGCUCGAUUCUGACAUUGUGUCCGAUCCGCCCCCAGACUCUCCGGGCUCAGUAGAGUUGGAGCCAGAUAGAGAAUCAGAAUCUGAAGUGAUAACUGAUGACCCACAACCACUUUGCUCUGACCAGGAAGAGGAGACUCACACUGGACAUGGUCACAGGCCGAUCCUGAUUGCAAAUCUUGUCCUUCCUCAGAAGGGGUGUGAAGAGAUGGAAGAAGUCCAGCUGGACCAGGAUGAGGCAGAUAUGGACAGUGAGGACUUCUGUGCUGUGUGUCUGAUUGGAGGGGACCUGCUCUGUUGUGACCGCUGUCCCAAAGUCUUUCAUCUGUCUUGCCAUGUUCCUUCUCUGUUAAGCUUCCCUUCGGGUGACUGGAUCUGCAGUUUGUGCAGGGAUGUUAUGCAGCCAGAGGUUGAGUAUGACUGUGAGAAUAAGACAUCUGUGGGUCAGGCUUCAGCAUGUGGACUGUCUGCGUGUGACCAGAGAAAAUGUGAGAAAUUGACUCUUCUGAUCCUCAGUAACAUGCUGAGCGCUCCCUUCCACGAACCUGUCAGUCCACUUGCUCGCCAUUACUACCAGAUCAUCAAGAAGCCCAUGGACCUGUCAGUGAUCAGGGCCAAACUCAACAAGAGGUGCAGCCAGCACUAUCACUCUCCUGAGCAGUUUGUCGCUGAUGUCUAUCUGAUGUUUCAUAACUGUGCAAAGUUCAAUUAUCCUGACUCUGAGGUGGCACAAGCAGGUCGCAGCCUAGGUGAUUUUUUUACUUCCAAGCUGAAAUGCGUGUUCCCAGACAGGGUUUUUCCCACAACAGAACCAGACUCUGACAGUGACGAAUAUGACGAGGCCUACAGGACUGCUGAUGGGGGUUUUCCUUGGCCUGAGAGGAGAGAGCAGUGCCACAGGAAGAGAAAGAGGAGAAACUCACUCAAGUCAAGGCGACAUCACUUUUAAUCAGAGGUGAUCUGUAUGCAGACCGCAAAUAAGCUCUGUUUGUGUCUACGUGCACUGCAUAGUGGUCUGCAGGGCCCCGAGUGUCUGAAUUCUGACAAUUAGCACCAUGUUGUGAUUUGUAAUUAUUAACAGUAAAUAAUAUGUUAAUAAUCAUAAUACACAGUGCUGCUAUUUGAAGGCAGUUAGUAAAAUAAUGCUUCUAAAUGAAGUAUUGCAAAGAAACUGCAAACUGAUGAGACCAAAUUAGAUUCCUGCUGAUUUCCACAAAUCACAAGUGACAUGGCACAUGCAGUACAUUUGCAAAAAAACAACAAAUCAGGUCACAAACAAAAUCUAGAUUGUUGAGUUGCUUCUGUAGCUGAAGAUGUGCUUGUUACAGUCUGCUGUAGCAGGGACGUGAUGUUCUUAUCACGCCAUACAUCAUGUUUGGAUGACAUGCCACCAUCCACUGAAAGUGCUUUAUGUACUUCUUAUAAAUGUUGUAUUCCUGGUUUUUAUAUCCUUGCCUGUGUUGAAUUAUUUUGCUCUGCAUCUUUAUCAAGUGACUUUUUAAGGUAAAAUAAAACCUUGUUAUAUACAGCACUUUUAAAUUUGAUAUCAGUAAAGACUUGGUAAAUGUUUAAUAUAUUUCUAUAUAUGUGGCUAUAUAGAAUUUUAUUUUACUAUAUUUGUUUUUUUUCCAUUUUAGUAAAUAAAUCGUUGCAGGUAAGUUUAAUAUAACUGAACUGACAGAGACAGAGUGUAACUGGAACCACUUUAGAACUUGAUACCACACCUGAGUUUUGUUUUUGAUCGAACAGAUUAACACACAUUUAUCUGUGAGCUAUAUUUACAUUAUGUAUAUUUCCAAAAAUGUCCUUGCUCUUGCUUUAGAAAUGGUAAAAAUGUUAUUUUAUACUACCAACAGCUGUUAAGUUAAAUAUACAUUUAUGUUGUUUUCUACAGUUGAGAUAGCUAUAACUAGACUUUUAGAGUAACUUGCACACAUUAUUGCCUGUAGAGUUCUUUAUCUGUGUCAAGAGUAGCAACGGCAUGUAAUAUUACUCCUUUGGCAAUCAAUAGAUGUAAUCAUGUUUGUUGUUCUAUGAGGAAAAUGUUUUAUGACUGUCUGUAUUUACUAUAAAAAUCCCAGCCUGAUCCAGUUUUUAAACUGUAAGAGGCAAUCAUUUUAUUGUCAAUAAAAAUGAAGUGAAUCU